ACCGUUUGACGUUUGAGUACUCGUUCAAUAUUUAUUGUAUUGAUAGAGGAAUGGGCUGAAUUGUAGUUUAUUCUUGCUAUUCUUCCAAUUUAAAUAUAAAGUUAAGAAAAACUACGACUAUUAAUAUACAAUGUGGACAUCGCGCUCAAUUGCGCAGUCUUGUUUAAGCUACACCAGAAUGUGCUUUUUAGUAAAUUGUCUAAAGCGAUUCAAGAGCUCUCAACAGUGGCUAAGUCGUCAAAGAGUUGACCCUUAUGUUGAAAAGGCAAAAAUAUAUAACUAUAGAUGUCGCAGUGCAUUCAAACUUCUAGAAAUGAACGAAAAGACGAACAUACUAACACCAGGACUUACGGUUAUUGACCUAGGAGCUUCACCGGGCUCAUGGACCCAAGUAGCAGUGCAAAAAACGAAUGCUGAUGGAGCAGACCCCAAAAAACCUAAAGGGACAGUGCUGGCCAUUGACAAAUUACAAUUAUUUCCUAUUGCGGGAGCAACAAUAUUGAAUAACAUGGAUUUUUCUACAAUUGAGGCACAUGACAAAGUGAUAAAGUCUCUAGGGGAUAAGAAAGUAGAUCUGGUUCUGUCAGACAUGGCCCCUAGCGCCACUGGUGUGCGGGAGCUGGACAAGGACCGCAUCAUAGGGCUCUGCUACAUGGCUAUAAGGUUUGCAGCUCUAGUCACCAAGAUUGAUGGCAACUUAUUAAUUAAAGUAUGGGAUGGAAAAGAAGUGCCAAUUUUAGAAAUGGAUUUGGAAAGAUUUUACAGGAGUAUCAAAAUUUUAAAGCCAAAUGCCAGCAGGUCAGAAUCGUCAGAAAAAUUUAUUCUUGCAAGAGGAUUCAAGGGUAUUCAGAGGCCCUUGGAGAAUGGCCGAUGGGGGUAGCAUGUACGUGAAUAUAGAAGCUGUGUCGCUACAAAUAAUAUGUCUUCCAGAUGCAAUCGAGGACUAAGUUAGUCUUUGUAUUUAGGCAACCAUUCAAUUCAGAUUUUUUUGCCCUCUACAAGGCAGAGGAAAAAAUUGCAAUGGAUGGAAUAAUUCCAUGGUUUAACCCCAUUGGUCUUGCUACUGGUAGAUUCUUAAAUAAAUGUAUGGGACAAAUGGGAAUUUGUUGCCCUUGUAUAAGUCUAGCUUUGUUCUCAAAUGUAUAUAAUGAUGUUUAUUUUAUUAUAAGCACAAAUAAUUGACUUUUGUAAUAGUACAAUUAUAGAUAAAGUGAUAUACUCAUAGUACUUAACCAUUAGUCAUGAUGUUGCCAUCUAUACAAAGUUUAUGAUUAAUUCAAAUAAAACACUUGAUUACAAAA